AUGGGAAACCAAGUGGACAAGCUGUCGCAUUUAAGUUACGCGGAAGUUCCCACGGUGGACCCGAACGGCUUGGACACCGAGGAGGGUUCGCGAAUCGGGGUCUCCUACAUCUUUUCCAACGACGACGACGAAAUGACGGACGGCACGGCGGACGGCGCGGAUAAGGAGCAGAAUCGGGAGGAGAUGCUCUACGACAGACGAGACGACGUGGAGUGCGCCGUAUACCACCACGACCAGUGCGUUUACGAGAAGAGCACCGAGUCCGCCGAUUUGGAAGUCUACACGCCGGAGAACCUGCUGAAUAAAUGCAACGCGGGUGAUUUGGUGGAGUUUUUGGCCGCCGGCCAGUACCCGCACUGGGCCGUGUACGUGGGAGACUUCCAGGUGGUGCACUUGCAUAGAUCCGAGGUUAAGAACAGCUUUCUGACAGAUGCCAGUCAAGGGAGGAGGUGCAGGAUCGUGAACGAGCUGUAUAGAUUCAAGCCAUUCGGCUCGGACGUGGUUGUGCAGAACGCGAUGGAACAGGUGGGCUUGAAGGACCGAGAGCUGAGCUGGCGGAACUCGGAGUGCUUUGCAGCCUGGUGCAGGUUUGGCAAGCGCGAGUUCAAAAUGGGUGGGGAGAUACGGAUAGGCAAGCAGCCCUACAGGUUGAACAUCCACCUGUCCGACAAGCGGUCCCACGUGCUCGAGUUUCAAAGUUUGGAGGACGUGAUCGCGGAAAAGAGGAGGAACGACCAUCUUGGCAGGACAGCCGUGUUGCGGGAGCUCGCCAGUCAUUUCGACAGUUUUGCAGAGAUUCAAGGUGAACCGAGCGCGGAGUGA